AUGUUUUUAAAUUCUACAAUGAAAACUACUGAAGAAUUGUCUUACUCUGAAUUAGUCGCCAAUAUGUCAUCUUUUAAUAGCGCCGAUUUCAGUAUGUACAUUAAUUCUUCUGAGGCAAUCGAUAACAAGAAACGUCUGCGCACUGAAAAACGUGAAUCAAUACCCAUAACCCUGGAAGCUGCAAAGAAAUGUGAAGAAAUCGAUGACGAUAAUGAUGAUGAUAAUGAAUUUAUAUCCACCUCGGAUACAAGUAGUUCAAAGGAAUGCACAUUGAACACAACUGAAAGUUUAAACAAUCUUUUGGAAUAUUUCGAUGAAGAGUUGCUAUUCAACCCUAAUACAACUACAACUGCCAAUACUACAAUAACCGAUAAAGUAGCUACUCUCAUUGCGAAAUUUAGAUGUAAAACCGUACAAGUUUCGCUAAGAAAAAAAACGACAAAACUUAAUAGGCGCCAAUCAGUAGUUCGUUUAAAUAUAAAGGAGCUAAGAAGAAGAUAUGAAACUAAUAAUGCAGAUAAAUUAAAUAAAAGCUCUACACAACAGAAGUCGUCAAGAUCGAGAGUUAAACAAAUAGUGCAAAUGUUUAAUGCAAAAAUGGUACAAAUCAUUCGGCGUAAUGGAAACGAAACCCCAUAUACUACUCUACAUAAUCAACUUUCACCAGAGACGAAGACAACAACGGAAAACAUAAAUAAGUUCGUGCAACAAGUCUCAGCACCAACAUCACAUACAGAAUUUAUAACCAAUAAUACAAGUACAACUAUAAUCCCACAACAGCCACAGAAAAGAUUCACAAAUACUACUUGCUUGGUGACGGAAGAAAUCUUUAAUCAGCUUUCUGUAAAGGAUAAAGCAUUGCAUUUUAAUAAAUUUAUAGACAAUUCAAAAUUCAUUAAACAAGUAGGACCUCAAUUAACUAAUGAGCAACAUUUCGUAAAAGAUUUGACGGAAGAGUUGGAAGCACUCUGUAGUUUUCCCAAAGCCACCAUUAAUCCAGUGAAAAAUUCACCGAAAAAACUAACCACAGAUGAUAUGAAGGAAGUUCCUGAAUGCGCAAACCUCAAUGAAAAAUUACAUAACAAACGAGAUGUUAUACCUUUGGAUAUAAUUGAAGCAACACAAAAGCGUUCAAGUAAUUCUAUGUUAUCCGAUGAUCCUAAGAAAAUACGCCUACAGCAAGUACACUCUAAUUCACUGAGGGCCAUCACACCAAUAGACAAUAUCAACAAGUCAAUUAUAACGGUAUUUGAUCAUGAAGUUACUAUCAGUUCUUUAGAUGACGAUGCACAAAAGUCAGCAGUAAAUAAAUUGCUGGAAGAAGCGCUAGCAGACUUGACAACAAUUGAUGUUAAAGAGUCAACUGAACUUGUUUUACAAACACCUAAGAAAACUCUAAGAAAGAAGAAACGCCCAGCACCGCCAAUACCGAUUUCAAAUAAAGUACUCAAUUCAAGUGAAUGCUCAUCACAAUUGCAAGAACCAUGUGACGAACCAAAACAGAAUAUUCUAAAUCCGAUUGAAGACUUCAAAUUUGCAGUGCCAAUCAAACCACCACCACGAAAAAAGAGAAUGAGUCGUGCUGCCCCAUCAACAGAUGUAUCAGAUGAAGCACGUAGUUCUAGUGAGUGCGCAGCACAAUCACAAGACACGAGUGACGAACCAAAACAGAUUAUAUCAAAUCCGUCUGAAGAUUUCAAAUACGCUGUUCCAAUCAAACCACCACCACGCAAGAAGAGACUGAAUCGUGCUGCUCCUUCAACAGAUGUAUCAGAUGAAGCACGUAGUUCUAGUGAGUGCGCAGCACAAUCACAAGACACGAGUGACGAACCAAAACAGAUUAUAUCAAAUCCGUCUGAAGAUUUCAAAUACGCUGUUCCAAUCAAACCACCACCACGCAAGAAGAGACUGAAUCGUGCUGCUCCUUCAACAGAUGUAUCAGAUGAAGCACGUAGUUCUAGUGAAUGCGCAUCACAAUCACAAGCAACAAAUGACGAGGCAGAGCACCCCAAUAAAAAUAUUCCAAAUUCAUCUGAGGACUUCAAAUUUGCUAUUCCGAUUAAACCAGCACCACGAAAGAAGAAAAUGAAUCGUAUUUUAACCUCGGGGAAAGAAAACUUGAAUAUUGAAUAUUACAAAAGAGGAAAGGCAUUCAAAAGUAGGCCGGACCGAAAGAUAUAUAAUAUCAACAAAGAAAACUUGGCGCAAUAUCACGCUAGUUCACCAAACGAAACCAAUAUAAUUGAAUCACGCAGUAGUCCAACACCAAUAUCAACAAAAUCACGCCGACGUUUCUUUUAUGACAAUGACUCACGGCGCAGCUCAGUAUACAAGCAAGUCAUACAAGAGCAUCAUCCAUUAGACAACGCCAAAGAGAUACCAUCUAAGCAAGAUAACUUUAGUGGACGCCCCAGUGCAAACUCCUUCGCCAACAUACCAUCGAAUAACCUAUAUACUAAGUCUAGAUUUUGGAUAACGGUAGAUGAUCUCAAAGUUUCCUAUGACAUAUGUUAUAAGCCAGCUGCUGACCUACGUUGUGCAUUUAAUAGCUUCACACAGAAAAUGCGCUAUCCUACAGAAUUUGGUAUCGAUGAACAUAAGUUUUCAAUUCUGGAUUCACCCACAAAACAAGAACGCUUGCCAAAAAUUAAUAAAAUCCAUGGACACAGUAGUUAUUGGUUUUCUUGUGGAGAUCUUAUUAUAAUGUUCACUGGCAAACAAAGAUCAACUGAUGAAGUAGCGCACUUAUUUACAUUUCUAAGGAAAUCUUAUACAAAUACAUCGUCAAUACGAUUUGGUGUAGAUGAUAUCGAGUUCUCCGUAUCACAAUACUAUCGACCAAGUGGACUAAGAUUCUCUGUGGAUUAUGAUAUGUUAGUGGGUCUACAAGCAGGCAACAGCAACGGACUAGAAGGACGCAGUAAGUUUGCAUGGCCAAAUUGCAGAAGAUCUUCUACAAAUUUAAAGAAUCCAAGAAUAAGUGAUCUUUACCGCCCAGAAUUCGAAUCGGAGAAGUUUGGAAAUAGCAAUAUGCCAACAUUAUCUUUCGGGAACCGACUUUCUAUGAACUUUCUACGUUACAGUGAUGCUAGCAUGUUCAGUCCAGAUAUGUUUAGCUUAAAAAGCGAGCCAUUGGAUCAAAUAUUCAAUGAUGUUAAAAACCUAACUUUCCUCGAAAAUAUUGUUAAGGAAAAUAAUAAUGUUUAA